AUGUCGGCUAUUCCUAAUCUUCCUAUCGACACGCCCGGCAUCCACACCAACGGCGGUGCGAAUGGUGUUGCUGCAGACUCGUCUUUCAAGCUCAAUGAUGCGCCGGUAGAGAAUCUUCGACGUUUGAAAGUUGUCGUCAUUGGGGCCGGCUAUUCUGGUAUCUACUGUGGGAUCCGUAUACCAGAAAGACUGAGAAAUAUUGACCUGGUAAUCUAUGAAAAGAACGCUGGCGUUGGGGGGACUUGGUACGAAAACAGAUACCUUGGUUGCGCUUGCGACGUCCCUUCACACUCUUACCAGUAUUCGUUCCAGCCGAACCCAAACUGGUCGUCGCUUUACGCCCCGGCAGCGGAAAUCCAGUCGUACCUCCAAGAUGUCGCGCAGAAAUUUUCCGCGGACAGAUUCAUCAAGUUGCGUCACCAGAUUGAGGCAUGCCACUGGGAUGACAAAACUGCGAAGUGGAACAUCACAGUAAAGAAUCUUGCCACAGGAGAAGUGCUGGAAGAUCAGGCGGAUGUUGUUAUCUCAGGGAGAGGUAAUCUGAAUACACCUUCCUGGCCUGAGAUAGACGGCCUGAAAACAUUCAAGGGCGAAGUCAUGCAUUCUGCAGUCUGGAACCAGAGGUACGACUUCGAAAACAAACGAGUUGGUGUUAUUGGCUCCGGCUCUUCUUCGAUCCAGAUCGUCCCUUCGCUACAGCGUCUACCAGGUACACACAUCAGCACCUUUGUGCGUAGCAAGACGUGGAUAUCACCUCCUUUCGGCCAUGACUUAUUCGACAAAUACGGUUUCAAUGGCUCAGCAAUUCCCCAAGAGCUCCGCGAUCGUUUUGCGAAUGACCCCGAGUACUACUACAAGUUCAGGCUUUCAGUCGAAGAGGAUGGAAAUGGUAUCCACGCUGUCACGAUGAAGGGAACUGAACUGCAACUCGGCGCAAAGGAUAUGUUCCACAAGCACAUGAAAGAAAGACUAAAGAGCAAGCCGGAAAUCUUCGAAGCCCUCUUACCGUCAUUCUCACCAGGAUGUCGCCGUUUGACGCCAGGCCCGGGCUACCUAGAAGCACUGACGCAGCCCAAUGUAGACUUUGUUACAUCACCUAUAACGCGCAUAUCCGAAUCUGCGAUUCACACUGCUGACGGUAAGACGCAUGAGAUUGACGCUCUUGUGUGUGCGACAGGCUUCAAAGCAUCUGCCCCACCUCCGUUUCCAUUGACCGGCAGCAAGGGGCUAUCUCUUACGGAGAAGUGGGACAAGCGCGCUGUCAACUAUCUCUCGCACUCUUUUGCCGGCUUUCCUAAUAUGUUCACGGUGCUUGGCCCCAACGCUGCCAUCGGCUCCGGUAGUCUAACUACCAUGAUCGAAACAGUAGGCGACUACAUCAUCAAAGCAAUCCGCAAGAUUCAAAAGGACAACAUUGCAGCCAUGACAGUCAAAGAGGCGCGCGAAAAGGACUUCAUAGAGUAUGUUGAUGCAUACUUCCAAGGCACAGUCUUCGCCGAUGAGUGCAGAAGUUGGUACAAGAACAAAGGUACCGGGGAGGUCGUCGGACUUUGGCCCGGUAGCACACUACACUGCGUUGAAGCAAUGCGGAGUCCGCGCUGGGAAGAUUUCGACUACGUCUACCUAGACGAACUAGAGGGCCAAGACGUUAGCAACGACCUACAUGGUGUGGGUAAGAAAGCGAACAGGAUGGCUUGGCUGGGUAAUGGAUGGAGUAUCGCUCAAAUGGAAGAAAGGGAUCUUGCUUGGUAUCUGUACCCAGAAUUUGUGGACAAGCCUCUUGCGCCACUGCCGGAGAAGAAGAGCGUUUAUAAUGUAAGACCGUUUUCAUAUUGA